UAAGCACUACCAGCGGUACGAUCUGCAGCAGCAGGUCACAUAAAUCAACAGAAGCACUGUACGUUGGUAAUUAAAGUGCUCACUUAAAAUUUCGUACCAUAAGAAUCACAGGAUCAAAGCCUAUAGGGAGUCAUUAGAUAAAGUUAUAGUGAGAACUUAGUACUGCACUUUUUUAUUUAAAUUCUCGUAGUUUUCUUGAUUAAUACUGUAUCGUUGGAUAUGCACAAAGCUGCUGACUGCCGCUGACACCUACAUCCUGGGUUGCAGUGAUCGCUCGACGCAAGCAAGAUACUGUUAGAACCAUUUUGAUAUCAUGAAAUUUUGCUUGAAAACUGGUAGAAGGAUUCCAUAUUCUUCGUGCUACUGCAGAUGACAGGACGGUAGAAUCACGGUCCCCGGACAAACCAGCAUGACGUUGUGGUGCGCCGAUAAUGGAUAUGUCGGAUGCUGGUAUAUACGCACAUCUUUCUCGGCUACUGGCUCCUCCAUAAUCUAAGCGGAUCCGUACACUGUCAAAGCACAGAACUCACUGGUCCGGAUUGUUACGGCUGCACCGCCACCGGCUCCUCCUCCAUGACAGCCCACAUGCUGGCCCUUUGCAAAGCCGAACAGCGGAAAGUCGAGAACGCCGGCUACGUGACGACGAAAUGCUCGACCGCAGAGAUGUGCGGCAUCAUCUACUACAACACCACGUACCCCGACCCUACCUUCCGGCGGACCUGCAUCGAGGACGGACGCCCGCAGGCCAUCCUCAACCGGUAUCCCUGCAGCGAUCUGGAGCCGUUGGUCUGUCAGGCCGAUACACCGAACGGCCGGUUCAGCGGCACGCUGUACUGCGUUUGCCAGGGGAAACUCUGCAACUGGUUCCCCGACGCGUCUAUCCGCAUUGCUGUCACUAAUUCGUGGAAAGACAAGGCACAGAGAGUGCAAAUCCCACCCAUCAGCGGAUCCGUUGUCGCCAGCAACCCUCAGCCACCGGCAUCGGGGUCCGGCGGUAGUGGCUCGGGUACUUCCAACGCGGGUUCCGGUAGGUCUCCGAGUGCCUCCAGCGCUGGAAGCGGGACCGGCAGCGGUGCUGGUGGCAGUAUAACCGGAAAUAAUCCGGACAGCUUGGGUGGCGCUGCGGGGGACGCCGAUAACGCGGCGACCGCUGAUGGGAGCGGCGGGGUUCCCGCGGAUAAAACCGGCGACGCCGGCGGCGCAGCGGGAGGGCGGGCGAAGGGCUCUGCGUCCGGGGGAUCGGGUGCCGUGAAUGGAAGCGACACGGGAAGCACAGCAAGUGGUUCGGGAACGAACUGGGCGUUGAUUGGAGGGAUUGCUGCCGCUCCGGUGGUGCUUGGGUUGGUCGCUGUAUGGUGGUGGCACAAGUCGACCGGCACCGCGAAACACGCCGCAGAGCACGAUGAAAGUGAAGAGGAGUUGUGAGCGAUGACAGGGCUUAGUUUCCCAUCAACAGGCUCCUGACUGUCUCUUACUCCAGCGAUACUGGGCUGAAAAUGGACACCCAAUUUAGGGAAUUUAGGCGCUUUGGUUGAAGAUGCAAUGAUGGUUUGAUGUCACGGAUAUUUUGUGUAUUGGUUCAGUAUAAUCUCGGCUCGGCCGGUACGCCAGAGUUCUUAUCGUAAAACACUGGCAUGAGUACUCGUACAUUUGAUGCGUCACCCUAUGAAUGGAUAGGCAGUAACUGUGUGUGAAAAUUUGAUUUGUUAAUUGCAGUCACUGGACAAUGGUUCCACAGUUUCCUCUGACUGUCGCAUAAUUUUAACGAAGUCUCUCAAGAACCAAUCUGUGCAAAGCGCUUUGUGCACAGUUCUCUUAAUUACAGCACCAUCCGGCAAAGGAUGUGUAAGCAGAUUGGAACGUAACAACCAAACAUUUCACCUAGUUUUUGACAGCGCCAAACCAACCCAAACCAACCAACCCAAACAGCUCGGUACAAUCAACAUUCCCCAAAGGAAUCCACUUGACAGUCGCGGACGCGUAAAAACAGCAUGACAACAACAUAGCAACCUACCGACAGUGACUGAUUCAACAUAAUCAGUACGCACACGGCAGCGUGAUACAAUCAGAUUUCGGCUUCUUCGCCCUCUUCAUCCUCAUCUUCCUCCUCCUCUUCCCGGCGUUUCUUCUGGUGUUGGCGCCAGCACAUACAACCACACCCAACCAGUAAGGCGACGACCUAAACGCGCAGAGAAAAAGCGUUGAUAUCAACCGUUUCUUGGGAUGUAUCGCUGAAUUCGUACUAAUGCUCCGGCGAUCGCACCAACCAGUACCGGCGAAAUCCGGGAUUCUGCAAGAAGCAGCAUGUUAAUAUCGUGACGGAUCACCGCGGUUCAUUGCUAAUAUAUAUGGGCACACCGGCAAUUUGCGGACCGUUACCUCACUGACCGACAUCUCGCUGAUGACGACUUCUCGCUGACUAACAAUUUAUUGAAACGACAACUCGAUGACCGACAGAUUGCUGAACAUCGCGAUUUCGCCGAGGACAUCUGAUGACUAAAAACAACUUUCCGAAGCACAU